CGCGCAUGCGCCAUGUUCCCUCAGCCUGCUGCUCCCGCGCAUGCGCGCUGUGUCACGUCUGGGAGGUUGCGGCUGACAAGGAGUUCAGCGGAACCAGAGGGCGGAGAUCGGGCCCGAGUGAUCCGUCAGGUCCGCUGGUCCUUAGAACGCCCCAAAAUGGUGAAGCCGGAAAUCCACACCCUCGCCCGCCACCUUAAGCAGGAGAAGCUGUAUGUGAACUCAGAAAAACAGCUGAUCCAGCGGCUGAAUGCUGAUGUUUUAAAAACUGCAGAGAGGCUCUACAGAACGUCUUGGAUUUCAAAACAGCAAAGGAUUAACUUGGAUAGACUCAUUAUAACGAGUGCUGAAGCCUCUCCAGCUGAGUGCUGUCAACAUGCCAAGCUCCUGGAGGACACCCAGUUUGUGGAUGGAUACAAACAUCUAGGUUAUCAGGAGACCACAUACGGUGAAUUUCUCAAUCGACUACGAGAAAAUCCAAGGCUUAUUGCUUCAUGUCUGGUGGCUGGAGAGAAACUCAACCAAGAAAAUGCUCAGAGCGUCAUACACACCGUGUUCACCUCUCUUUAUGGCAACUGCAUUAUGCAGGAGGAUGAGAGCUAUCUGUUACAGGUUUUACGCUAUUUAAUAGAGUUUGAACUAAAGGAAAGCGAUAACCCUCGUCGUUUGCUUCGGAAAGGGACUUGUGCCUUCAGCAUCAUCUUCAAACUUUUUUCCGAAGGACUUUUCUCAGCUAAACUCUUCUUAACGGCAACUUUACAUGAACCUAUUAUGCAGCUGUUGGUUGAGGAUGAGGAUCAUCUGGAGACUGAUCCAAGCAAGCUGACUGAGAGGUUCUCUCCAGCCCAACAAGAGAAGCUGUUUGGGGAGAAAGGAAGUGACCGUUUUAGGCAGAAGGUCCAGGAGAUGGUUGAAUCCAAUGAAGCUAAGCUGGUUACUCUGGUUAAUAAGUUUAUUGGUUAUUUAAAGCACAACACUUAUUGCUUCCCACACAGCUUGAGGUGGAUUGUCUCCCAAAUGUAUAAAACCCUUUCUUGCGUGGAAGGAUUGGAUGUUGGUGAGGUGAGAUCUAUGUGCACCGAUCUACUGCUGACUUGUUUCAUCUGUCCCUCAAUUGUCAACCCUGAGCAGUAUGGGAUCAUCUCCGACGCACCCAUCAACGAAGUGGCAAGAUUCAACCUCAUGCAGGUUGGCCGCCUCUUGCAGCAGUUGGCAAUGACCGGAUUUGAGGAAGUGGAUUCGCGCAGCAGGAACAAUCUCAGCAAGUUUGAUAAAAGCUGUGUUGCUGCAUUUCUGGAUGUUGUGAUUGGAGGCCGAGCAGUAGAAACGCCACCACUGUCCUCAGUGGAUCUGCUGGAGGGCCUAAGCCGCACCGUUGUCUACAUGACUUACAGCCAACUGGUCACUCUGCUGGGAUUCUUGCGCAGUGUCAUCUCUAGUGAUCAUUUACGUGAAGAGGAUCGGAUGGCCCUGGAAAACAUUUUGGCUACAGUGCCUCAAACCAAGCCAGGGAAGAAUGAUAGUACGCCUUAUAGCACCCCUCAGUUGUCUCCUGCUACCACACCAGCCUGCAGGAAGAAUAGACUGCCUAUAGGGCAGCAGCUUGCAGCCAUGACCGUGUGGGACACGUCUGCGUCAAAUCUCUCUGCUCAUAUAAACCUGGUGACCCCCUUUGUUACCCGCAGUAGGAGCAAAACCAGCCUGUUGGAGCCUGAACACGACAGUUCCUCACAGGAUGUCACACCUUCAAUACAACCAGAGGAGGUUCUUGUAAUAUCCCUGGGGACAGGUCCCCAACUUACACCUGGAAUGAUGUCUGAGAAUGAGGUUCUAACUAUGCAGCUUGUGGAUGGUGGACAAGCAGAUGUUCCUGCGGAUGACAAUAAACUUCAUGGAAAGCCAGAUAAGACCCUACGCUUCUCUCUCUGCAGUGACAACCUUGAAGGCAUUUCAGAAGCAGAAGAGGAAAAUCCGUGUUCAACAGGUCCCUCGAACAGAUCCAACUCUGUGUCUUCUCUGGAUCUGGAAGAGACUGGGGAGUCGGUGUCAGAGCUGGGAGCUGGACCAUCAGGCAGCAAUGGAGUAGAAGCAUUACAGAUGCUGGAGCAUGAACAAGCUACCACACAGGACAACCUUGAUGAUAAGCUACGCAAAUUUGAAAUUCGAGAUAUGAUGGGGUUAACAGAUGACAGAGAUAUUUCUGAGACGGUCAGUGAGACGUGGAGUACAGAUGUUUUAGGCAGUGACUUUGACCCUAACAUUGACGAAGAUCGACUGCAAGAGAUUGCAGGUGCAGCUGCAGAGAACAUGCUUGGCAGUCUGCUUUGUCUCCCAGGCUCUGGCUCUUUACUGCUUGACCCAUGCACAGGCUCCACGAUUUCAGAAACCACCAGUGAAGCAUGGAGUGUAGAGGUGCUUCCCAGUGAUUCUGAAGCACCUGACUUGAAGCAGGAAGAGAGGCUGCAAGAGCUGGAAAGCUGUUCUGGCCUGGGCAGUACAUCAGAUGACACGGAGGUGAGAGAGGUCAGCUCAAGGCCCAGCACCCCAGGACUGAGCGUUGUGUCAGGUAUCAGUGCCACGUCAGAGGACAUACCCAACAAGAUUGAAGACGUUCGUUCGGAAUGUAGUUCUGACUUCGGAGGAAAGGAUUCGGUAACAAGUCCUGAAGUAGAGGACUGUGUUCAUAUUCCUCAACCAAGUGCACCAGAAGGCCACAGCCAAAAAAAGACAAGUAAUAUGCCUUGUUUAUUUCCAGGCGUACAUCAUGGUUUAGCACAAUCCCAAACCGAGUCUUUGUUGGCCAUGUUUGACCCAUUGGCUCCAGCAUCUAAUGAAGUGGUGCGGCCAAAAGUCCACUAUGCUCGCCCUUCACAUCCACCUCCAGAUCCCCCCAUUCAGGAAGGAACAACAGGAGGAAAUGAGGCCCGGUUGCCUACAUUUGGUUCCCACGUUUUUGUUCCCAUGGACUCUGAUGCUUAUAGACAGAGACACUCUUGCCCAGACAGAUUGGUGCGGAGCCGCAGCUCAGACAUUGCAACGUCUAUCCGACGGCCAAUGAGUGAUCCUGGGUGGGCACGCCGAAUAGGAAAUGAAGAAAGGGAGCUGCCACCUGGUGUUGCAGGUUUAGGAGCAACAGCAGCCAUGAAUGUCUCACAGUCAUCAUCGUCCUCACCAAGCAAGGACUCCUCAAGAGGAGAGCCAGAAGAAAGAAAGGACAGUGAUGAUGAACGCUCAGACCGCAACAGACCAUGGUGGAGGAAGCGCUUUGUGUCUGCAAUGCCAAAAGCUCCUAUCCCAUUCAGGAAAAAGGAAAAACAAGAAAAGGAGAAGGAUGAUCUGGGGCCAGACAGAUUCUCCAUGCCAGAAGAUGCAGGGUCCAGGCUGGGUCCACAUUCUCAAGCUGCAGAGGACAUUCUCGAUAAGUACAGGAAUGCUAUCAAAAGAACAAAUGACGGAAAUGCUGUAUCUUACGAGGGAACAGAUGUAACGGGUUAUGAAAGAUUUCAUGAUCCUUCAAGGGAAGAAGCAUUACCGAACAUGACAUCUGAUGACCUCCCAGAUUCUGCCAGUCAGACAGCUCCUCCUCCUGAUUCUGCCUUCUCUUAUAGGGAUGCAAAGAAGAAGUUGCGAUUAGCAUUGUGUUCUGCAGAUUCAGUUGCUUUUCCAAUGCUGUCCCACUCCACGCGUAAUGGCCUGCCAGAUCAUACUGACCCAGAAGACAAUGAGAUUGUUUGCUUCCUGAAAAUCCAGCUGGCUGAGGCCAUAAACCUACAGGACAAGAACCUCAUGGCUCAGAUUCAGGAGACCAUGCGCUGCGUAAGCCGCUUUGACAACCGAACAUGCAGCAAGAUCCUCACAUCCAUUGCAGAAGAUUAUAGGAAAAGAGCCUCUUAUAUUGCAUAUUUAACGAGAUGUCGCCAAGGAUUACAAAGCACACAGGCUCAUCUCGAGCGACUUCUGCAAAGAGUUUUGCGUGACAAAGAACUUUCCACUCGAUACUUCACAACUGUUUGUGUUCGACUGUUACUGGAAAGCAAAGAGAAGAGGAUUCAGGAAUUCAUUCAAGAAUUUCAGAAAUUGACAGCUGCUGAUGACAAAACUGCACAGGUUGAAGAGUUCCUGCAGUCCCUGUAUGGUACCAUGGCCCAGGAUGUCAUCUGGCAAAAUGCCAGUGAGGAACAGCUUCAGGAUGCCCAGAUUGCGAUAGAGAGGACUGUGAUGAAUCGCAUCUUCAAGCUGGCCUUCAGUCCCAAUCAGGAUGCAGAUGUUCUUCGUGAUCAGGUUUUACAUGAACACAUCCAAAGACUGUCUAAGGUAGUGUCUGCCAAUCACAGAGCUCUUCAGAUCCCUGAGGUUUACCUGAGGGAAGCUCCCUGGCCUUCUGCUCAAGCUGAGAUACGAACUAUUAGUGCUUAUAAGACCCCUAGGGACAAAGUGCAGUGCAUCCUACGCAUGUGUUCUACAAUUAUGAAUCUUCUCAGCCUUGCCAAUGAAUACUCCGUCCCAGGAGCUGACGAUUUUGUCCCCGUCCUGGUGUUUGUUCUCAUAAAGGCUAACCCACCCUGCUUGUUAUCUACUGUGCAAUACAUCAAUAAUUUCUAUUCAAACCGAUUAACUGGAGAGGAAUCCUACUGGUGGAUGCAGUUCACAGCUGCAGUGGAGUUUAUUAAAACCAUCGACGACCGCAAGUAAAAGGCAGAUGGAAAAAACAGUGACUGCUGGUUGCCAGCAGAGGGCGGCAGAGCCCUGCUCCUUGUAUCAUACUUGUACAGAAGGUGGAGUUGGCCUGGUCUUUCUGGUGAAGGAGAGGCAUGCAGUGCAUCGUUAUGUCCCAGCUUGCAGAACCUCUGGUGGUUGGGAAGAUUUAAAGGUGUCCAGAUAUGUUCCCUUUUUGGGAGGGAAAAAGAAAUCAAAUAUGUGCUUAUUUUCUUCUUUUUUUUUUU